AUGCCCGCCAGCACCACAUCCUUUGGUGGACUCAAGCGGUGGUCAACGCUUUCUAGUGGAGCGCAUUUUGGACUACCGCGAUGUGAAUGGCGUCCGGACGAGUUACUUUGUCCGCUGGCGUGGCUAUCCACCGGCCUGGGACAGCUGGGAGCCUCGUGCCCAGCUGAUCGUGAUGUUCUGGGUAUCGUCGAGCAGAACGACGAGACCCACCCGCUGCGUUUGAAGAAGGGCCGUCGGAAAACGACCCUUCCGAACACGAGUACAGGGAUUUCAAGGUGUCGAUCCCUUCGGCCAUCACGGGAGAGAUUUGCGCCCUCCAUUAGGGAACAUUAG